GGUCUGUCCAAGAAUAAAGAAAAACAUUUGCAAGUGGCCUUUCAUCAGACCAAGCCCAUUCAGAACGAACAAGCAAACCAAUCCCGAUAUCCUCGAUGGCCGGCUUCGUCUUCAAGGAUGACUCCCGUCCUCAGUCUCAGUCCACCUCCUCAACCCAGAAGAACCACACUAGAACCCUGCAAGCUGAUACCCGUCCAAGCCCAAUGCCAAACAAGAACUCAACACCGACUACGAACACCAAAAGACCCCCUCCUUGCGAUACCCAUCCAGCCCCAUCUAUCAAAAAGUCACGCGCAACCCCACCCACUCAUCCACUUCAACUCUCUGUCCAGCUCGACAAGCAGUUUGAUUUCCCCGCUCAAGAUGACCUAGACUUCCUCGAGCAGAUUCAUCACUUAGAACACAGCCAGCCUGCCAAAACUCAGAAAGCUCAACAAGCCAGUCCUGGCAACCCUCCAAGCACCAGAGCUCAGCCCAAACCUCCACCGCUGAGACCUUCAAAAAUCAACCAACCUAAUUCGGCCGUCUCAACCCCUUCAAAUCUUAAUCCUCGGCCCGCUCGGCCAUUUGUCCAAACCACCAUACAAGAAAUUGAUUUGGAAGCACUGUACAUUAGACGGCAUACUUGCAUCUCUAAGCUCGUGGUGACUCUAGAAAAAAUGCUUAGCAUCUUUCAGAAUGGUGAAUGUCCGACGGAUGAAGACUUCGGCUGUCUGGCGAACACAAAAUCGUACCUUAGCGGAAGACUCGCCGAAUUUAAUGAGGAGGUCAAGCGACGCGAAUCAAUCGGUAUCUCCCUCGAAUCUGCCAAAUCAUCCGUCGGGCCGAUCCAUACCGCCAACAGGUCUGCCCCUCCGAUCAGUCGCGUUGCUCCCGCCCAGGCCACUUCUCCCUCUACCUCUUCGCGUUUCUCGAACGAGAACCUCGCUCCUCCGACCAAGCCAUCAUCCUCAUCCGAUCAUCAAACUUCCAAACCCACUUAUCGUUCAGUCUCUGCAACGACAAUCCCUAAUCCUCAUUCUCCAACAACGGCCCAACCCAAUGAGCCAAUCCAUCAGCCAGUCGGCUCUACUUCUACAUUGAGAACUUAUCAACCAAAUAAUAACUUCGUUCAAGCUCGUAGGAUUGCAACUCCCAAUCAAGCCGAUGAACCAGAGCCUGAAUGUAUAGAUGAACCCGUGCAAGAACUCAGCCAUAACUCAAUUGAUCCAUAUCUCUUGGAAGGAAUCUUUUCCGCUGAUGAGGAUGACAUCCACGAGCUAGAAGAUCACGCCGAUCCAGAUCAAACCAACGAUUCACACAAUCCGGCACCCAGCGGAUCUAUAGACAUCAUUCAUCCCGCUCCAAGUAAACAUUCCACAAACCCAUCACAUCGAUCAAAUGCACCGAUCACUACUCUCUCACAACCUGUUGAAGACUAUUCCAAGAAAAUGACCCAUCCCUGGUCUAGAGACGUCGGCAAAGCCCUCGUUAAAAUCUUCAAAUUACACACCUGGAGACAUAAUCAGAUUGAUGCUAUCAACACCACACUUUCUGGGAAAGACUGCUUCGUCCUGAUGCCAACAGGAGGGGGGAAAUCUUUGUGCUACCAAUUACCAGCUGUGGUGAGGUCAGGUGUGACCAAGGGUGUGACGAUCGUCAUCAGUCCGUUGAUCAGUCUAAUCACCGAUCAAGUUCAAGCAUUGUGUGCAAAACAUAUCGGGGCGGCUGCUUUUACGGGUUCGAUGACAGCCCAAGAAAGAGAAAAUGUGAUGAACGAUCUCCGAUCAGUCGACCCUGCAUUAUGUCUCGUUUAUGUUACUCCUGAGAUGAUCAUGAGAAGCUCUGUGUUGUCUAACAUCCUAACUGACCUCAAAAAUCGCAAGUUGUUGGCUCGCUUUGUUUUUGAUGAGGCUCACUGUGUAAGUCAAUGGGGACACGAUUUUCGUCCCGAUUAUAAGGACAUCGGACCGAUGCUUCGUAAAGAGUUCAAGAAUAUUCCAUUUAUCGCCUUGACGGCCACAGCAAACCACAGGGUUCAACAGGACGUGAUGUCGAACCUGAAGAUCACCGGUUGUCGGGUCUUGACCCAGUCCUUCAAUCGAAUCAACCUGAGAUAUGAGGUUCGACCCAAGACGAAGGACGUGCUGAAUGACAUCAUUCAGAUCAUCACUGUCGAUCAUAAAGGUGAAAGUGGGAUCAUCUAUUGUCUUUCAAAGAAGCAGUGCGAAGAGGUUGCCGCACACCUCUCUGCCAAGAACCGGAUAACAGCUCAUCACUAUCAUGCGGGAAUGUCCAAAGACGAUCGGCAGAAAAUUCAACAUGGCUGGCAGGUAGGCAAAUUGCAAGUGAUUUGCGCAACUAUAGCUUUCGGAAUGGGAAUCGAUAAGCCCGACGUUCGGUUUGUCAUUCAUCAUUCGAUGCCCUCUUCCCUCGAAGGAUAUUAUCAGGAAACUGGUCGAGCAGGCAGAGAUGGUCAGAUUUCAGAAUGUAUCUUGUUCUACGCUUAUCGAGAUUUUACUGCAUUUAUGAGAAUGGUAGAAAAAUCGACGACCGUGAAAGAGCAGAUCGAGCGGCAACAAGCAAAUGCGAAGCAAGUGGUAGGAUUCUGUCUCAAUAAGUUAGACUGCAGGAGGGCGCAGAUCCUCAGUUACUUUGGCGAGAAAUUCUCGGCUUCCGAGUGUCGGAAGACCUGUGAUACUUGCAUGAACCCAGAAAGGGUCGUGAUGAAAGAUGUCUCUCAAUUGAUGAAAGCGGUCGUCAAAUUGGUCAAACAAAUCACCGCCCAUCGAUCCGAAUCGGUUACUAUUGUUCACAUUGUUGAUGUCUUUCGAGGUAGCAAGAGCAAAAAAGUUACAAGUGCAGGACACGAUCAACUAGAUGGUGCGGGACAAGGUAGCACUCUCGAUCGGACGGAUUGCGAAAGGUUACUUCAUCUGAUGGUUUCCAAGGACUUCUUGAACGAACGUUUUGAGGCCAAUGCCAUGGGUUUCGUCAAUGCAUAUGUUCAGCUUGGACCAGCUCAUCAGGAGGUUCUAACCAGUAGGGGCCAGGUGAUGAUGGCGUUCAGUGGAGAGGUGGGUCCUUCGAAACGGGCCGGGCCGACGGAGGCGCCGAAGAAGACAGUUGUCAGGGCCAAGAAAGGCGGAGGGAAGGAGGUCAGCGUGGUGGAGGAUUCGGAUUCAGACUGUAUCUUGGAUGACUCUGUCGACUCGGAUGUCCCAGCCAGACCGCCCACUAGAACUUCACGCGCCCAAAACGCUGGCCCGCCCGUCAGAGGCGGCGUUAAACAAGCCCUUGCUACUAUCAAAGCUAAACGUCAAAUAAACGAGAUACAGUCUGGUGGGACGGGCUCGGUUGAAGACUGUUAUAAAUCUCUUCUGAUCUUCAGAGAUGCCUUGACGCAAGAUGGUGAUGAUUUCGAUACAGAUUUGCCUACCGAUGAAGUCCUGCAGACCAUAGCUUGCAUUCAUCCUCAUUCCAUACAAGGAUUAACUGCUAUAGAUGGCCUCUCAAAGCGGUGUAUCGAUCAGCAUGGCUCAUCUAUUUUGAAAGUUUUGAACAAAUUUAAACCUCAAGACUCGCAUAAACAACCACAGAAAACAAAUCAGAAUUCUCGUCAAGAAAGCAAAUCGACGACUUCAACAACCAAUCGGCCAGUUGAUUUCCACCAACAUGUUUCGAAAUAUGUUGCGUCGAAUAACCAAGGCUCGAAAACGAGUUCGAGUAAUACUAAAAAGUCUAACCAAUUUGUCCCUCGGACUGGUGGAGGGAGCUCGGCUGCAAUCAAACCGAUGCCUAUCCCUCGAUGA